AUGCAGCCUACCUCUAGCGAUGGUGAAGUGCCCUUCGGCAAUAAUGGCUCGGAGGACCUCAACUCCGACGUCGUCCCCAAUCUACGCCUCGACCCUGACCCACGGCCCCAGCUCGAUAUCUACAGUGACGACCUCCCUCAUGAAGCUCGUGGACUUCCCUACCCCCCGAUGCCACUGCAUCAUGGUAUGGAUCGUCCUGAGAUCUACCAAGACUUUCGCGAUCCAAAGCCAGAUGCAGAUCCCAUCCCACCAUCACCUCUCCCCCUCGUGCAGCCAAACCUCGGUGACUACCGCCCAAGUUUCUCCCUGCCAGUCGUAUCCACGGGUGGUACCUUCAAGCUACCAUCCACAGCAGAGGACCGACCGACCAUGACCAUGACAGCGCAGACCUCCCAGGCUGGUCCAAGUAGCAUGGUGAAGAGGUCUGCCCACGUCAACGUCACGGAACGUGCAUCCAAGAAAGAUCUCAAGCAAAAAUGGGGAGGUACACCCCUUGGCAUGGUGACGGAAAGUCGCAGUCCAAAACGGACAUCACCGUUCCAGACGAAGUCGAUGUGUACGAGCGGAAAACCGCCAACGUAUAUCACGAUCGUCGCGCGGAAAGGGAGGACAGAGGCGUAUGUGACAUACGAGUCGUCUAGUUGCACUGAGAGUACCAAGACUAUCAUCGACUGA